CCUUGUGCCAGAGCCUGGGAAGCGGCGAGCAGAGAAGCAGGAAGCGAAGAAUUGCUCCGAGCGACAGCCAUGGGAGUGGAUCUGGAAACUAUCUCACCUGGAGACGGUAGGACAUUUCCAAAGAAGGGCCAAACAUGUGUAGUCCAUUACACAGGGAUGUUAACGAGUGGAAAGACAUUUGACUCGUCCAGAGACCGGAACAAGCCUUUCAAGUUCAAGAUUGGGAGGCAGGAAGUGAUCAAAGGCUGGGAGGAAGGAGUUGCACAGAUGAGUGUGGGCCAGAGAGCAAAGCUAACCUGCUCCCCUGAUGUUGCCUAUGGAGCCACAGGGCACCCCGGAGUCAUUCCUCCCAAUGCCGUUCUGAUCUUCGAUGUUGAGUUAAUACGGAUAGAGUAGACUACGUCUGGAGAAGGGCCGGCCAACGAUCUCCAAACAUCACCACCAUCCACUUCCUUAUGAGACCUCCUCACUGCUGAAGAAAACGUUUCACAUGUAGACUCCAACAGUGAGAGGGGGAACAUGUCUUCAUAUUAAACCCUAGUGCUGCCAGAGCAGAUAGCUAAGGGGAACAUGACUGGCAACAAAGGGUUAAAGGAAUCGUCACAGGGCUACCUUUAGGUGAAGAGCAGAAGACCUGCGGUGCUCAAGUUUUUGUAUUCCAACCAAAUAUGUUAACAUAGUUCCAAUAGUACUGAUUAUAUGUAAAGGCACAAAGUGAGAAUGGUGUGUUUUCCCCCAAUAACAUUUUUUGCCAUUUGUCUUUACUAAAUUGUAGUGGUGAAGUGAAAACAGAGCUCGCAGGCAGCCUGCCAUCUAAAAGUAGCCCGAUCUUCUGCACCUAAAAGUGGCAGUCCAUUAUGUGCGUGAAUCCAAUUGGCUAAGGGCAAUGGGACAUCAGUCAAUGCAGUUCUCAAUGAAAAGUUUAAUAUUGUCAAUUGCCCACUACUGGUUUAAGAAAGGGUUUAUACCAAGUUAUGUACAAUAUAAAAUAAUAAUGAGGUGAUGUCCUUCAUUUAUGUGCUACAGAGAUCACCUAAACGUGGUGUCCAUUUUGUUGAAGAUCCAAGUCUUGCUUUAUUAUUGGCAGUGCUUUUUGGGAAUUGUGGAUCAUUGUUAUGUUUCCUCUUAUGGCACAAGACCAUUAUAUAUAAAGAUAUAGAUGCACACAUUAGUAAGUUGAGCUUGGUGCAUGGAAGUAGUGCUAGGGCAGGGCCUGGUGUAAACCAGAACAGUCAGUGGGUGCUUCACCAACAACUGAAGGGUGUCAAUGUCAUCUUCUUGCUUUACUGAUCCCAUGUUGCUCUGCUUGGCCUCACUGAGGCCCUUGGCAACUGGCCCUUUUUGGACUGCGCUAUGAGGACUGCCCCUUUUAAGAUGCUCAGAGAAAACUAACUGACCUCUGUUUCCAAUAAACCCACAUCUGCGAUUCUUCCCUGAUCUUGGCCUCUUCCCAGGAGAAAAAGAAAUCUACCCCGCAGCUAGGGGUAAACACAUUGCUGUUAUUGUCAUUUUACUUUUUUAAAAGUUGUGUCUGUGUUUUUGUCUUGAAGCUUAAAGCCUUGUUGCUUUCCAGCAAAACAAAUUGGGGAAGGCGGGUUGGGGGCGGGGCUGGGGAUUGGGAAAAUACAGCAAGUCUGGCUACAGCAUUCUUAAGUUGUACAUUUUCUGUAAGCCUUACACUGCUUGAAGGGCCGGCCUUGGCUCACCGAGCUGUUGUUUGGCCCCUCCGGCAGGGAGAUGGGGUUUUAAUUUGCAUGUGACAUAAUUCACAAUUAUAAAUCAAAAGAAUGAUCUAAAAAAAAAAAAAAAA